CGCAGUAAAAUCACCAAAUAUAGAAAUAUUUAUUCAAAUGACCCAACUGAUGAUACAAAUAUGUGAUUUUAAUAUCCUUGUAGUUUACAAAUCGAUCAUUUGGAAGGGUUUGGGAACUGUGUUUUAAUGUGAAAUAAUGCUGUUGUUGCUGUGUUUUGGUCAGGGUGUUGUCCUGUUUACAGGCCUCAGUCUGAUCGAUCAAUGAUCUGAUCACAACUUCAGCACAUACAAAGCCUGACCAAUCUUAUUCAUCGACAUGGCUGGUUGCGGCGACAUUAAUCUUUCCGUGGACUCCUUGACUUCAGGCAAGAAGGUGAGUGGGGAGUCUGUGACGGAGGGCAGUCCAUCCCCUUCGUCUCCUUUGCUGCCAAUCCCUGAGUGUGCAAUCUGUCUGCAGAGCUGCAUCCACCCCGUACGCCUGCCAUGCCGUCAUAUUUUCUGCUUCCUAUGCGUGAAAGGAGCUUCCUGGCACAGCAAACGCUGUGCCCUGUGUAGAGGGGAAGUGCCUGAGGACUUCCUGGAGCGUCCCACUUUGCUCUCGCCCGAGGAGCUGAAGGCUUCAGCAACGGGCGGACGUGGGACGGGGACUGGUGGCCACGCCUGGUACUACGAGGGCCGUAAUGGAUGGUGGCAGUACGACGAGCGGACAAGCCGAGAGCUAGAGGACGCAUUUAACAAGGGCAAGAAGAGCGCUGAGAUGCUGAUCGCCGGUUUCCUGUAUGUAGCCGACUUGGAGAACAUGGUGCAGUACAGGAGGAACGAACACGGCCGCAGGCGUAGGAUGAAGAGGGAUGUGGUGGACAUCCCUAAGAAAGGUGUGGCCGGAUUAAGACUCGAUCCAGAUCCAAAUCCCAGUCCCGCAUUAGGAUCAGGAACUGAUCCCAUUGUAGCGCCCACAGUUGCGGAUUUAAAUGGAACAGUAGAUGGCGCCACAGCGGAGCGAGAGAGUUCGGCAGAUGGCGCAGACACUGGAGUCAGCGGAGGACGUCCUCAAGGCGUCUUUGUUUCUGCCCCUGUAAGGCCGCCAACCGUCUUGGGUGGUCACCUGACCAGCCCUGCAUCCUCCGGCGAUAUUCAGCUUGUACAGGCUCUCUCUCAACUCAAUAUGAAUCCUGCUGAGCAAGAAACAGAAGAGGAAGAUGCAGAUGACGAAGACGAUUCGGCAGGUCCGGAUGCCUCGGGAUAUGAAUCCGAGUCUGGCACGAGCGAGGAUGAAAAUGAGCAGGCUGGGGACGAAGGUGAAGACGAGCACACAGAAGGCUCCCAGGGUAGGCAUAGACUGCAUCAGUUGGAUAGACCGCCCCCUGGUGGUGGCCCGGCGCAUAGCGGCGAUCGCUCUGGGUGCCCCGAUGGUCAGUGCACCAUUACGAAGGUCUGACCACAGCACAACUACAGAACUCCUACCUAACUCCCACAACCGCUGGGUAUUUCUAACCAAUCUCUGAAAUGCAAAAAAUUAAAUGGAUUAACUAUUCAAAUCAAUGACACACAGUCUUGGAUAAGGGUGGAGGCUUGGGGCAGAAGGUUUUAGUGUUAGAAUAGUGCUCGUCUUUCUCUUUCAGUCUUAGAGGACUGUACCAGGGCUGUACUCUUUAAUGGAGAUUACAGGCAAAACUACAAUAAACUUGCUUUUACCAUGCCUAGAAUACUGUAAAUUGGUCCAACCAUUACACUUUCAAUUGCAUUCAUGUUAUUGAAAAUAAUAUUC